UGGGAGGGUAUUUCCCCAGUGAGGCAAGAGCAGCCGAGAGCGAUUGCCUGGGGUUGCUCCUUUGGGGAAAAGGGAAUUGGAAUGAGAAACUAAAAACCUCACAAGAGUAAUGGAUGGGGGAGUGGAGGGGAGUGGAGAAGAGGCUGAAGGAGGGAGGACAGGCGGGCUAGGAAAGGCUGGCGGGGCUCUGCUUGGGCACAGCCACCCACAUGCCAGGCUCCUUGUGCUGCCCGCCUUCAAAGAGGGAGCCACGAGCACAGGGAGAGCCCAUCCCUGCCUGAGCUCCAGUGCUUCUCCUGCCUGCCUGCGCCCUCGGCGCUCCAACACAGAAAGCAGCAAAGUUGGCUGCCAACUUGGUUUGCCCUGCCUGGACUGUUCCACUUGGCAGCAGCAGAUUGCUCUAGCAUAAGAGGCAUUCGCUUCCAGCCAAGAGGAAGGAGAUCGGUGAGCAAACUGCAAACGGAAAGAUGGCUUUCUGAACCGGCUGCCUUCCCACCUUCACCUCUCCCUAGCGGGCAGUGCCCCGGUGCCCGGGCUGGGCCGAUCUGCUCGGCCAUCCCCUAACAAUUUCCCUCCUGCUCGACCCAGGCCAGGGAUGGCAAUCUGACAUCCCAUCCGGUUCCUCGCUCUCUGUUGCCUCGGUGCCACCUGCCUCGGAGUCAGGAGCUGGCCCACCCGGGGAGCCAGGCAGCCAUGGAAAACACCACCGAGACCCAGUUUCCAAAGACUUUGGAACCCGGCAUCGCCCUGCCCCUGGACUCACAGGAGACAGAGAAACUCCUCACUAAGCUUGAGGACAAGGAUGACAAGUCUCUGAAGGCAUCCAAGUCCUUCUCAGGGGCCAUGGAGAUGGAGCAGAACGGUCACAGUCUCCCCUACAAGUCAGUGUCCGAGGGGCACCUGGAGGCCACCCCUCAUUCUUCUUCCAGGGUCAGCUCCCGGAGGGCAUCCUCCAUCGCCACCACCUCCAAUGCCCAAGACCAGGAGAUGCCAAAGGAUUACCUCAUCUUGGCCAUCCUCACCUGCUUUUGCCCUGUGUGGCCCCUGAACAUCGUGCCCCUGAUCUUUUCUAUCAUGUCGAGAGGCAGUGUACAGCAGGGAGACCUGGAUGGGGCCAGGAGGCUGGGCCGCCUGGCAAGACUGCUCAGCAUCGUCUGCGUUGUGCUGGGAAUCCUCAUCGUCGUCAUCUAUGUGUCUGUCAACUUCACAGUCUUUAAGAAGAAUUAGCCCAAGAAUUUCUGGAAAGAGGCAGGCACUGUGUUAGGUGCCCCCUUGACUGGAUUCCCCAGUAAACUGAGGAGGCCCCCGACCACUCAUCUUCUGCAUCAUCCAUCUUGGGGAGGGCAUGCAGUUAUUCCCCAAGUCCUUGCGUGGUGAUGCUACACCCCCUAAACUACUCACUCAACCGUGAACUGAGAAAAGGCCUUGGAUUUCAAGGAGAAACAACAACAAUAAUCUGCAGUGAUUACUUUAACCUGGACCCACUGGGAAAGGACAAGAAGUAACCAAAAAAUGUGGGGAAAGGAGAUUUAUUUUCAAAACUGAAAAACAAAGGGAAAUAUCUGGUGGAAAUUUUCUGACUUUUUUUUUGCCCAAAUCAUUGGGUUUUUGUUUGUUUGCCUUUUAAUCAGCCAAUAAUAUAAUUCAACCAACAAGCUGAAACUGCCAGACAAAGAAGAAAUAUGCUUCCAAAGUCAGGAAGGUCAGAAAAGUGAAGGCCUGGUGAAGCAUUACAAGGCUCCUCUGGAUGUGAACAUAGACCUGAAUAUGGUCACGAGAAGCAGGGGAGACAAGGAGAGGGACUUUGUUUUUUGUAUUUUUGAUGAAAAAAAAAAGACCAUUUGCAUGCAUUAUUCUACCACCUCCUCCCUCCCCACCCCCACUCCUUUGCCCUUUCAUUCCUCUGAACUCAGCACCACAGAGCUCAGAGACAGCUGUGAGGAUGGGGCUGACACAGGCGGAGCAGACUCCCAGGGCAGCCAGAAAAUCCUAUGGAGCCAAUUUGGACAGGGAGGGAAACUAUCAUAUGAGACCAAUGCCGAUUUCUCCAUCCCCCAAACCAAGGGUGCUGUGUGAAGGAUCUAACCCUAGAGAACUAAGUAGCUUUGAAAUUCAGUUCCAGACAUAUCAGGUUUGGAAAACAUUCCAUUUUAAAUGGGCUUGAAGCUGAUUUAAGAUCAGUGACCAAAUAAUGUGUGAGGACCUCAUCCAUCCAUCCCAGUACCUCCCUAUAUUCUCCUAUAUUUCCUGGACCAGAACCGAUCUGUUCCAGGUAGCCCAAGAAAUGAUCUCCUCCCCAUCCCCAAACAAAAGGAGAAAGGUAGAGAAAUGACAGAUGACAUUUCUUUUUGAGUAUGUUGAUGAAUUUCCUUUAGGUUUACCCUAAUUUCUUCUCAGCAAUGGGAAUGUACUUAAUCAAUCAGGAACGAUGCUAAUGGUUGGGAAUACAAAUGACCAAAAGAAAUAUUUCCCACUUUCAAGGAGCUUAUAGUCCAUUAAAAAAAAGAGAACAUAUAAAUAUAUCAAUAAAUGCAAAAUUCAGGGACAGGGAAAUGAACUAGACAUUCGAAGUAGGAAGCUUCUGAUGAGGAAUAUUCCCACUACCAGGGCAGGUUAACAAUAAGCAAAUGAUUGCAGAAACAAUUUGUAUUUUUCAUUUUAGUGGGUUAUUCUAUUUCUCUCUGUUGUCUUUUUGUCUGAAGCUUGAGACAGCUCCUCGGGAACAGCUAUUUAUAAUUAGUAAGAGAAAAAGGGUUUUUAUCAUCUUAGAUAGUUGAGGGAUCUCAACUGUGUGACCUCCUCUGUAUAAAACAAGGUAUAGAGAGACUGGAUCAUCAUUUUCAAGAGUUUUCAAGAGCUCAUCGAUGCUCAUCAAUGAAUUCUUCAUACCCA